AUGGACGGCAUUAAGAAGACGUUUGCGCAAUGCAAGAAGGAAGGCAGGUCUGCCCUCGUCACCUAUGUGACGGCGGGUUUCCCCACGGCAGAGGAGACGCCAGACAUCAUGAUGGCCAUGGAGGCCGGAGGUGCUGACAUCAUUGAACUCGGCAUGCCCUUCACCGACCCCAUUGCCGACGGCCCAGCAAUCCAGACCGCCAACACUCAAGCCCUCAAGAACGGCGUCACAAUUGGCCAUGUUCUCCAGAUGAUCCGCGACGCGAGGAAGCGGGGUCUGAAGGCACCAGUCCUCCUCAUGGGAUACUACAACCCGCUGCUCAGCUACGGCGAGGAGAAGAUGCUGCAGGAUGCGAAAGAGGCCGGAGCCAACGGCUUCAUCAUGGUCGACCUGCCACCGGAGGAGGCUCUGCGCUUCAGGAACUUCUGCCGCAGCUACGGUCUCUCCUACGUCCCCCUCAUCGCACCCGCUACCUCCGAGCACCGCAUGCGCGUCCUCUGCAAAAUCGCCGAUUCCUUCAUCUAUGUCGUAUCGCGUAUGGGCGUCACCGGCGCCAGCGGAACAAUGAACGCUGCCCUUCCCCAGCUCCUCGAGCGCGUCCACAAAUACUCUGGCAAUGUCCCCGCAGCUGUCGGUUUCGGUGUCAGCACACGCGACCACUACCUGAGCGUAGGCAAGAUCGCUGAGGGUGUCGUCAUUGGCUCCCAGAUCAUCAACACAUUGAUCAAGGCUCCAGCAGGCGAGGGCGCAAAGGCAGUUGAGAAGUACUGCGACGAGAUCUGCGGCAAGAGCACCCGCGAUACAACCCGUGAGGUCGGCAUUAUCGAGACAUUGAACGAGGCCAAGGAGCCCACCAACGUCCAUGUCGACAAGGUCAUCACAGAUGCCGACACACCAGAUGGCCCCGGUCUCGCCGACCAACUGGAGAUGCUGAACACUGACGAGACGGACGGCGCAAAUGGAACCAACCAGCAGAACGGAUUUGACGAGAAGCACAAGUUCCCCGCACGAUUCGGCGAGUUUGGCGGGCAAUAUGUGCCUGAAUCUCUCAUGGAUUGUCUCUCUGAGCUCGAGGAAGGUUUCAACACAGCGAUCGAAGACCCCAAGUUCUGGGAAGAGUACCGAUCCUACUACGACUGGAUGGGCAGACCAGGACAUUUGCAUCUUGCCGAGCGCCUUACUGAGCACGCUGGAGGUGCUAACAUCUGGUUGAAGAGAGAGGAUUUGAACCAUACCGGAAGUCACAAGAUCAACAACGCCCUCGGACAGGUACUCAUUGCCAGGAGACUGGGAAAGACUGAGAUUAUUGCCGAGACUGGAGCUGGCCAGCACGGUGUUGCGACAGCCACCGUUUGCGCCAAGUUCAAUAUGAAGUGCACCAUCUACAUGGGUGCCGAGGAUGUCAGGCGUCAAGCCCUGAACGUCUUCCGCAUCAAGUUGCUCGGUGCUCAGGUUGUUGCUGUUGAGGCUGGUGCGCAGACCCUCCGUGACGCCGUCAACGAGGCCAUGCGCGCUUGGGUCGUCCACCUCGACACAACCCACUACAUUAUCGGAUCCGCCAUCGGUCCUCACCCCUUCCCUACGAUCGUCCGUACUUUCCAGUCGAUCAUUGGAAACGAGACCAAGGAGCAGAUGCAAGCCAAGCGUGGCAAGCUCCCCGACGCUGUAGUCGCCUGCGUUGGUGGUGGCAGCAAUGCCGCGGGCAUGUUCUACCCCUUCUCGAAGGACAUGUCUGUUAAGCUUCUCGGUAUUGAGGCUGGUGGUGACGGUAUCGACACAGACCGCCACAGUGCAACACUCUCCGCUGGAACCAAGGGCGUGCUUCACGGCGUGCGUACCUACGUUAUCCAGAACCAGCACGGACAGAUCAGCGAGACUCACUCGGUCUCCGCUGGUCUCGACUACCCCGGUGUUGGCCCAGAGCUUUCCAGCUGGAAGGACAGCGACCGUGCCAAGUUCAUUGCCUGCACCGAUGCCGAGGCCUUCAUCGGCUUCCGUCUGAUGUCCCAGCUCGAGGGUAUCAUCCCGGCGCUGGAGACCUCGCAUGCCGUCUUUGGUGCCAUUGAGCUGGCCAAGACAAUGAACAAGGACCAGGACAUUGUCAUCUGUGUCUCUGGACGUGGUGACAAGGACGUGCAGAGUGUCGCGGAGGAGCUGCCCAAGCUAGGACCCAAGAUUGGCUGGGACCUGAGGUGUAAGUCUGACAGUAUCCAAGAUGACUGA